AUGGAUGGACUCCUCAUUAGCAGUGAGGACAUUUACACGAUCGCUAUUUCCGAAGUUCUACAUUUACACGGACACCCUUCGUUGUCAUGGGAUGUUAAGGUCCAAUUACAGGGACUUCCUGGCCCUGUUGCCUCUCAGAAAGUUUUAGAUUAUUACGAGAUGCCGUAUACUGCCGAGGAACUCUUCCAGAAGACCAGUGAAGCGCAGCUCAAGCUGUGGCCCACUGUGAAAUUCAUGCCUGGAGCAUAUGAAUUGCUGAAGUAUCUUGCAGAAAAGGGAGUUCCCAUUGCAUUGGCAACAUCUUCAUCUACAGACAAGUACUACUUGAAAACUGAGAAAUUACAGGAUGGGUUUAAGUACUUUGGUGAUCAUCGCGUUACUGGGGAUGAUCCUAGAAUUCCACCCGGAAGAGGCAAGCCUUUCCCGGAUAUUUGGCACAUAGCGUUGGAGAGUCUCAACUCUGAGAGAACCAAAAAUGGUUUGGACAAAAUUCUGAUCGAGGAAUGUCUCGUAUUUGAAGACGGAGCCCCAGGUGUUAGAGCAGGAACGUCUGCUGGAGCCCAUGUUAUUUGGGUGCCAGAUGAAAGAGCACUUCAAGUUAUGAGCCAGGAUGUCAUAGACGAUUUGGUAGGAUCUAAGCGUGAGAAGGGAACCAUACUGGGAUCCCUUGCCGAUUUCAAGCCGGCUGAGUAUGGGUUAUAG